GCAACCCUACCAUCUGUUACAUCCAUUCCCCUCCAGAAGCCAGUUACUCCAAAGUUCGCCAUCACGUCGCUUCCAACGCUUUUCGGUCGCAUUCUCAGACGCUACUGCGCGGUGAAAACUAAUCCCAGCAAGAUCAUGGUGGUCACACACAACGUGAAGGGAUACGAUGAGUUCUCCAAGAAGAUGGAGGAACUGGAGAACGGCAACGAAGCGGUCCAUGUCCUCUUCAGCGGCGGCAAGGACGAGAAUGGACAGAGCUGGUGUCCCUACUGCGUCAAGGCGGAACCGGUGAUACACGAUGCGUUGAAGAAGGCCCCCGGCAACUCGCACUUUGUGCAUGUGGAUGUGGGCGAGCGGGCAUACUGGAAGGACUUGAACUGCCCCUUCCGCAAGGAUCCCAACACACAUCUGAUCUUCUUGCCCACUCUGCUGCGCUGGAAGCAGCCACAGCGCCUGGACGGCGAGCGCUGCUCCAAUCAGGAUCUCGUCGAGAUGAUGUUCGAGGAUGAGGAUUAAGUCUUAAACUUUACAAUACAUAUAUUUUGGAAUUUUACUCAAGUUGGAAUACACAGAAGUCUACACACAUUCAAUUAAAGCGUCCCUCAGUAA